AUGAAAGCCUUCAAUAGCCGCUGGCGCUGUCCCACAUGCAGCUGUGAAUUGAGGCCGCCUGAUCUGAUUGUCGACUCCUUUGUUCAGAUGCUGCUCAAGGAGACGACGGAGGAGAUUGAAGAGGUCUUGGUCUUACCGGAUGGGAGCUGGCGUCUGUGCGACCCGGUGCCUCAACGUGAUCCGUCACCCUCACCAGUUUUCCCUCCUGUUCGGCAGGCCAACACUACAGACGCUGCGAAGGUGCGCCGCCGACAGAGGCGUCUGGAGUCUCAGAAACAAGGAGAGCGCGCUAAGCAAGCAGUGCGCUCCAGACGGCAAAAGUGUCGCAAAACUCCGGCACUAGGACCUGUCAACAAACCGCUCCGCCGCCCGGUGCGGCCAGCUGCACGGCUGCCAGGUCGAAAGACACCUCUGUCCCAGCAGGCAAAGGUCGGAUUCCGACAGCUUGAGAGACGGCCAGUUCGAUCAGCUGCCGCAAGACGAGCAGCUGCGAUUGCAGCUGGACCCAACAGAAGUGUGGGUGUUGACUCCGAUGCUUCGGCUGAAAUGGUGUCCGAUUCUGAUGCCGACGGCGAGCGGAAGCCAAAUGACUGCAAGAAAUCGUUGAGCGUCUUGAGUGGACGCGUGGGACCUGCUGCUGACAUUGAGGUGGCCGUGCGUGGUGGCAGCGAGAAGCUCUUUGAGCUGGCAAGCCGGCCUGCAAUACGCGUUGCCGUGGCUGGAUCCUACUUGGAGGUUGUCCAAGACCGACUCACACAAGAGCACAGUGGCGGAGUUGUGUGGGAGACGGCUUUCUUCCUUCUGCGUUACUUGCAGCAAGCCAUUCUUCCCGGCAUGCGCCAGGAUAAAGGAUGCCGCCUCCGUGUUGUUGAGUUGGGGGCAGGAUGUGGCCUGCUGGGUUUAGGGCUGUCGCGGCUUGGCUGCGAGGUCUUGCUGACAGAGCAGGCUGUAGCAAUGGGGAACCUGGUUCGGAACGUGGAGGCGCGGCAUGUUAGCCUGCCCACUCGAUUAAUGGAUGAGUCGCCAGGCUGCUAA